UUGGAUUGGAAAAAAUGAUGGCUGCACUUGAGGUUUGUUUUGGAGGAGGCGAUAGCGAUACCGCGGAGCAAUGAAAUCAAUGAAUUUCGUUCUAUUUUGUGCAACAUGCAUGUAAAUUCUCCAUAAUUCAAGUCGUCUUGGCCAAAAUUUUAGCUGCAAAUACACCUUGAAGCUGCUUCUGCCUUGAAGGUUUCCUCAUCGGUAUAAAUCACAGUUUUCGUCAAACUCGACCACCAUGUUGACUCCGCAACCAUCUUCAUCAGACGCGUCGGGCGAGAGUGUCCAGCCCGUCGACCCGAUGGUGAGCGCCAUCAUGUCCGACCACAACUACGCCAAGCCGUGGCGAUGGAGGCCCGACGCGAACUACGCCAAGCCGGUGCGCAGCCUGUUCACCCUGACCAAGGGUGCGGCUAACAAGAUGAUGGUGGCCGACAUCACGGUGGACGUCGAAACCGUCGACAGUCCGCACAAGUUCCAGCCGUCCUCUCUGUCGCCUCACACCUCCGAGUGGGUCGCAGCUGCUGAAGAUGUCCAGGGCUUCAGAGUGGAGGAAAAGGACAACGAUGACGGAGAUUGGGAGGCCAAGGUGCAGAAGACCUCUUGGACGGUGGAGCACGCUCGGCUGUUCAACAACGUGGUCAAGGCCGUUCACGAAGCCCACAUGGCCCAGUUGGCCUUGAACGGGCGGCCCAACGAGGCCGUCCAGAAGAAGCUGGCCAUUGACACGGCGGCCCGAAGGGUGCGGAGGGCGAUGGCCAGUGCCACCUGGGACAUCCGCCUCACCCACUGGCUGCACAACCUGCUGCUGGACCACCUGCCUGCUUCGAUUUUUGCCGUGUACCUCGAGAUCUUGCGGGUGUUGCGCAUCAAGGCGCCCUCGCUGGUCGAGCAUAUGGUCACCUUCACGCCAGAUUCAAAAGUUGCUCCCACCCUGGCAUCGGAAAAAGUCUUAAGGAUUUUGAGAAAAGACAGUGUCGAGACUGCUGCAAACCAGCUGAAGCCGCGCCGACUGCCUCUGGACGCGAUCCUGAUCACCGUCCCGUCCGGCAUUGGACGUCACGUCGGACACGCGUCCAGGCGCAACAACAACUGGGUCAAGCAGUUGUCGCACCUGGGCCAAGUGGCGUGCGUCGACACUCGCGCUGCCAGUCUGCCAGGCCACUCGACCGUCGAGAGUCUCCUCGGCCAUCUGCUCGGCAGCACCAGAGCCAAAAUCGAGGAAGUCAAAGUCAAGUACCCGGGCCGACCCAUCGUCCUGAUAGGCUGGAAUGUGGGCGCUGGAAUUGCAGUGCAGGCAGCUUUGAUGGAGUCUGUGAAUGCGGUCAUCUGUCUCGGGUUCCCCAUCAGCACCCUAGCCGGUCGUCGAGGUCAGGCUGAUGACUGUCUGCUGGACAUCACCUGUCCCAUCCUUUUCGUAAUCGGCCAGAACGCGCCAACUGCCCGCCAGGCAGACAUCGAAGACCUGAGGGAGCGCCUGAAGGUCCAGUCAGGAUUGAUAGUGAUCGGUUCUGCAGACGAGCACCUCCGAGUCACCAGCGUGAAGAAGCGCUCGGAAGGGUUGACCCAGUCCAUGAUAGACAGAUGCAUCCUGGACGAAGUCGGCGACUUCCUGGCCAGCGUCCUCACGCAACCGUUAGCUCCUCCUGCUUCCCCAAAGAGCGUCGCCCAGAAGCACCCUUUGGCCCUCGGCAGUCCCACCAUAGGCGAGCCUGAGGCCAAGAAGUCCCGCUACACGCCCAAGACCGCCCUCGGCAACGACCAAUUUGCCCGCAGUCCUGCAAACAAAAUGAAACCUUUUCCGGAACUUCCCAUCAAACAGUCGCCAACCCUGAGUCGCCCUAGCGCCCUGAAGGCCCCCUCGCAAAAGCUGACUCCUGCCAAGCCUGGCAUCACCGUCAACAUCGGGUCGCUGGCCAGUCUGGGCCCCAUCGGCCCCAUUCGAUUGGGCAACUCAAGGCCGUCCAACAUCCCGGCCAUUCCUCGUCCGCCGACCACGAUCAGGGGCACCACCCCCGCCACCCUGAUGUCAGGGUUGACACCCUUGUCGUCGUUGAUGGUCCCUGCGACUUCGAUUUCUAAAUCGGAGGUUUCUCGGCAGGUGCAGGUGGUCGGCACGGCCAACCUGGCGGCCAACAGCAGGGUCAAGUACGUCAACAAAGUCACAACGACCCAAGUGGCAAGGGUGGUCACCGGAGUAAGGCCAGCUCAGGCGCCGGGAACACCAAGAUGAGAGUGUGUCGUCAAGGUGAUCCUGAAGACCGCAAAGAGCAGUGAACCGGAUUUGUGAAAGAGAUUUAUACAAGAAAAGGAGUCCUUCUGAAGCCUGUUGAGUGUCAAUGAUGUUCAUAAAUCAAAUAUUGUCAAGAAUUUGCAUGCUGUAAUAAUAAUUUGUGACGGACCAGUUACAACAAUAAAUUAAUAUAAAUGAAAUG